AUGAGAUCGUUGGUGGUGUUGUUCGCCAUUGUCGCCGUGGCCGUAGCCGCACCUCAUGUCGGCCCUGCAGUUACUUACUCAGUACGUGCAAUAGGUUAUUCUGUACCAGCGGCAGUGUCACAUCAAUCCCGUGUUGAUGUGCGUUCUUCUCCAGCAGUGGUAGUUACGGCUCCAGUAGAAGUUGCUGCCCCUGCAGUUUAUGCUGGCGCCUCUGCUAUAUCCCAUCAGUCACGUGUAGAUGUAAGAACUUCUCCUGAGGUGGUGGCUGCUGCUCCAGCAGAAGUGGUCUCUGCAGUCGUUGCUCCUGCAGUUUAUGCAGGUGCUUCUGCCGUGUCUCAUCAGUCACGUGUGGAUGUACACAACUCACCGGCUGUGGUCACAGAACAGGUGUUUGCUACCGCCCCGGUCGUCGCUCAACAAGUUGUUGACGCUCCCACCGUGAUUGAAGCUCGUUCUUUGUACACCGCACCCGUACUUUCCGCUUACCAGGGUGGAGCUUCGGUUUCUCACCAGUCUCGCUACGACGUGCACUCCUCACCUGCUGUAGUAACUAAUCAGUUUGUUGCCCCCGCCGUGUAUAGUGCCUGGUAG